CAGCCUCCUGACUCCGCUCGCGCUCCCCACCGGACAGACAGGACGACCCCGCGAGGCAGCAUGGCGACCCCACUGACGGACCAGGAGAAGCGGAAGCAGAUCAGCAUCAGGGGCAUCGUGGGGGUGGAGAACGUGGCGGAGCUGAAGAAGGGCUUCAACCGCCACCUGCACUUCACGCUGGUCAAGGACCGGAACAUCGCCACGCCCAGAGACUACUACUUCGCGCUGGCCCACACCGUCCGGGACCACCUGGUGGGCAGGUGGAUCCGGACGCAGCAGUUCUACUAUGAGGCGGACCCGAAGAGGGUCUACUAUCUGUCCCUGGAGUUCUACAUGGGCCGGACUCUGCAGAACACCAUGAUCAACCUGGGGCUGCAGAACGCCUGCGACGAGUCCAUCUACCAGCUCGGCCUGGACAUGGAGGAGCUGGAGGAGAUGGAGGAGGACGCGGGGCUGGGGAAUGGAGGUCUGGGCAGACUGGCAGCCUGCUUCUUGGACUCCAUGGCCACCUUGGGUCUGGCGGCUUACGGCUACGGCAUCCGGUAUGAAUAUGGGAUCUUCAACCAGAAGAUCAGAGACGGUUGGCAGGUGGAGGAAGCGGAUGAUUGGCUGAGGCACGGAAACCCCUGGGAGAAGGCCCGUCCCGAGUACACGCUGCCGGUUCACUUCUAUGGACGCGUGGUGGAGACCAAGGACGGGCCCAAAUGGGUCGAUACUCAGGUUGUUCUUGCAAUGCCGUACGACACGCCCAUACCUGGCUACAUGAACAACACCGUGAACACAAUGAGGCUGUGGUCGGCGCGAGCGCCCAAUGACUUCAACCUGAAGGACUUCAAUGUUGGAGAUUACAUCCAGGCUGUUCUGGACAGGAAUCUGGCAGAGAACAUUUCCCGUGUUCUCUAUCCAAAUGACAAUUUCUUUGAAGGAAAAGAGCUUCGUCUGAAGCAGGAGUACUUUGUCGUAGCAGCCACACUCCAAGAUAUCAUCCGGCGCUUCAAGACCACCAAGAAAGGAGUUCCUGGUCGCACCUCCUUUGAGAGUUUCCCCAAUAAGGUCGCCAUUCAGCUGAACGACACUCAUCCCGCCAUGGCCAUCCCAGAGCUGAUGAGGGUCUUUGUGGACAUCGAGAAGCUGGACUGGGACACGGCGUGGGACCUGACCAGACGCACCUUUGCCUACACAAACCACACGGUCCUCCCCGAGGCUCUGGAGCGCUGGCCCGUGCAGCUCCUGGAGAACCUCCUCCCCAGACACCUGCAGAUCAUCUACCAGAUCAACCAGACCCACCUGGAUAAAAUUGCUGCUCUGUUUCCGAAAGACAUGGACAAGCUGAGGAAAAUGUCUUUGAUCGAGGAGGACGGCUGCAAGAGGGUGAACAUGGCGCACCUGUGCAUCGUGGGCUCCCACGCCGUGAAUGGAGUCGCUGAGAUACACUCCAACAUCAUCAAGACCCAAGUAUUUCGUGACUUCAGCGAACUGGAGCCCGGGAAGUUUCAAAAUAAAACCAACGGCAUCACUCCCAGACGCUGGCUGCUGCUCUGCAACCCGGGACUGGCUGAGCUCAUCGCUGAGGUGAUCGGGGAGGAUUACGUGAAGGACCUCAGUCAGCUCAGGAAGCUGAACGACUUUGUGAACAACGCCGCUUUCAUUCGCGACGUCUCUAAAGUCAAGCAGGACAACAAGCUGAAGUUCGCCCAGUACCUGGAGAAGGAGUACAGGGUCAAAAUCAACCUGGCGUCCAUGUUCGACGUCCACGUGAAGAGGAUCCACGAGUACAAGCGGCAGCUGCUCAACUGCCUGCACAUCAUUGCCUUGUACAACCGCAUCAGAAAGAACCCCGCCGCCCCUUUCGUUCCCCGGACGGUGAUCAUCGGUGGAAAGGCUGCCCCCGGCUACUACAUGGCCAAAAUGAUCAUCAAGCUCAUCACCUCGGUGGCCGACGUGGUGAACAACGACCCCGUGGUUGGAAGCAAGCUGAAGGUCAUCUACCUGGAGAACUACAGGGUUUCCCUGGCAGAGAAAGUGAUUCCAGCCACUGAUUUAUCGGAGCAGAUCUCCACCGCCGGCACCGAGGCCUCAGGAACGGGCAACAUGAAGUUCAUGCUGAACGGAGCCCUGACCAUCGGCACCAUGGACGGCGCCAACGUGGAGAUGGCCGAGGAGGCCGGGGAGGAGAACCUCUUCAUCUUUGGGAUGAGGGUGGAGGAGGUGGCCGAGAUGGACAAAAAGGGAUACGACGCCAUGGCGUACUACAACAAGAUCCCUGAGCUGAAACACGUGAUGGACCAGAUCACCAGUGGAUUCUUCAGCCCCAAAAACCCAGACCUCUUCAAAGAUCUGACGGAAAUGCUCUUCAAACACGAUCGCUUCAAGGUGUUUGCAGACUUUGAAGACUACAUGAAAUGUCAGGAAAAAGUCAGCCAACUUUACCAGAACCCAGUGGAGUGGACCAAGAUGGUGAUCAGGAACAUCGCCGGCACGGGGAAGUUCUCCAGUGACAGAACCAUCACGGAGUACGCCACAGAGGUGUGGGGGGUGGAGCCCACCGACCUGAAAAUCCCGCCGCCAAACGAGCCCAGAGAGGCCAUCGAGGAGACGGUCCGGGCGCUGAAGAAGAUGUGAAGCCAGCAGGGGGGCGCCCUCGUGUUUCCAUUUUCCUCGCUGAAGAACCGGCUGCUGCUGAGUUCUUAGUCUGACGUUUCUGCGUCAGCGCCCACAGAGCCUGCUGGCUGCCUCAGCUCCAGGAUUUAGUCUGCUCCCAGUCUCAGCUGAGGACUCGGUAGUUUUUGAUAACUUUUGUGCAUCUUCCUGUGGUUUGUAGCAGGAUUGUGUCUUAACCUGUAGAGAACAGACGUGCUCUCCACGCUGACUUCAAAUAAAAGAUUAACUAUAAAAUGA